AUGAUAUUUGGGAAUUCAAAUCCUCCUCCUCCUCGUCCAAACACUGACAUACCUGAGGCAAAAGCAAAUUUAUUUUCUGUGCUUAUUGCGUGGUGGGCAAACGAUUUUAUAAGCUUAGGUUAUAAACGUCAUUUGGAAAAAGACGAUCUAUACGUUUUGAAUAACGCGAGAUUGGCUAAAACUGUCACCGAUAAAUUUGAAGUUGAAUGGAAAAAAGAAACUCAAAAAAAUUGCGAUAGGAAAGAAUCCAUCUUUAUUAAAAGCUCUAUACAUGGUUUUGAAACCGGUUUUCUCUCUCGCACUAUUCUCAUAACUGCUAUCCAUCGGAAAGUUUUAGUCUUAAGUGGAAAAGCAAGAAACUUAUUUUCUAAUGGAAAAAUUAUUAAUCUAAUGUCCACUGAUACUUCGCGUAUAGACUUUGCAUGCACUUACUUCCACAUAAUUUGGGCUGCUCCUAUUCAAUGUUGUAUGGCAUUGGGUUUGUUUAUAUUUAAUAUUGGCCCAUCUGCAUUAGCUGGUUUUGGUAUAUGUGAAGUAACAUUGUUUGUUUGGGCUACGGCGGGUCUUAUAAAACAAAAUAAAAAAUAA